AUGCGUAGUUCUGCUGUUUCAUUUGCUAAGGGGAACGUCCCUAUGAUUAAGUUCGUUGGUGGGAGGCAUGCGAUAGGUGCUAUGAAUGUGGUACCACAUCCAUGCACUGUGGAUGGGUUGAUGCCUGGAUCUGAUCGGUGGUUGUCUGUGCGCGAUUUCCUGGCUAAGCAAGCGCCCUUUGAGGUUAUACCUUAUGUGAGUAAGGGCGGUUCUGGUGGCGGGGGCCAGUAUGUGUUUAAGCAGAGGCCAUUGAAGGAAAACGAGGUGUCAUCCUUGCUCGAGUUACCUAAAAAGUACCGUAUGCGGCCCAUGGAGGAACUCGAGAUUGAUAUAAUCAAUCAUGGAGGGAUAAAUUAA